AUGGCUCGUUGCAAGGACAAAGUUGAAGACGAAACUGAGGACGAAAUUGAAGACGAAGUUGAAGACAAAAUUGAGGACGAAAUUCAGGACGAAGUCGCAGACGAAGUUGUAGACGAAAUUGCAGACGAAGUUGAAGACGAAGUGGACGGGGAGACCGACGCGAUACAGAAGAGGAACGCAGGAUCGAACGGGUUGCCGGGAGCAUGCGACGGUGAAGAGAUGCAGGAAGCGGUUCCGGCAGUCGUGAUAGGAGGAAAGACGGUAGACGAAUAUGUAUAUGAAGACGAUUGGAAGAACAAGAGCGCGAGCGACGAUGAAGCCGACGAUGAAAACGAUGACGAGGACGAUGGAAAGAACGAUGGCGCAAGCGACGGAAAGGGCAACAAUGAAAACGAGAAAGAAGACGAGAGAGAAGAUCAUGAGGCCGAGGGCGACGAUGAAGACGAAGACGAGGACAAUGGAGAGAACGAUGGCGCGAGCGACGGGAAGGAUGGCGAUGAAGACGAAGACGAGGGCGCACACAAGGUCACAAAUAAGGACGAAGGCGAGAAGGGUAUGAGGACAAUGAAAAGACCGAUGGCGCGAACGACGAUGAAGACGAGAACAAAGACGAGAACAAAGACGAGAGCGAAGACUAGAACGAAGACGAGACCGAAGACGAGAACGGAGACGAGAAGGAAGACGAGAACGAAGACGAGAACGAAGACGAGAACGAAGACGAGAACGAAGACGAGAACGAAGAUGAUGAGGACGAAGACGGUUGGAAGAACAAGAGCGCGAGAGACGAUUAAGCCGAGGGUGCAGAUCACGCGGACAAGGGCGAAGACCGCGAGGCCGAAGAUACAAUUACAAAUAGGAGUUCGGCACAUAGUACGACCACCAACACAGUACUGUUCUGGUUGGAUUAAUCACACCUUUGAUGCAAAUUCUGUAACUACUGUAGAAUGGCAAGGGGCACUUCCAUUAUCGCAUGAGAAGUUAACAACUGGCAUAUCGGUCACGAGAACAGACUUCAACUCAGUGGCACAACCGAUGGACUAA